AUGGCGAACAAAACUUUAUAUAACAAGGCUCCUGAUCAACGUUUGUUGAAAUCUGUUAAGAUGGAAAUUCCAUCUUUCAAUGGCUCUGAUCCUAAUAAUUGGAUUUUUAGGGCGGAAUUGUAUUUCAGUAUGCAACAAAUUCCUCCUCAUUUGAAGGUUCAAUUGGCUGGUUUGAAAAUGGACGGACAAGCUGCUCCAUGGUUUCAAUGGAUGUUUAACACAGGAACCAUUCAUCAAUUGGAUGAAUUUUCAAAAACAGUGCGUCAGAGAUUUGAUGUCUCAGCUUUUGUGGAUCUUCGAGGUUCUCUUUCUAAACUUUCUCAAUCUGGAUCAUUAUGUGAUUAUGUUAAGGAAUUUGAGAUACUGUUGAAUCAAGUACCUGGUUUCACUGAUGAUGUAUUAAUGAGUUUUUUUAUCUCUGGAUUACAAACUGAUCUAAGGGGUGCUAUCCAACUACAAUGGCCCAAAUCCUUACAUCAUGCUAUGCAGUUAGCCUAUGCCUUAAACACACAUCACGAGCAAUUACGUUCUUCUAUUUCUAUUACUCCCAAGAAAUCAACAUUUCCUAAUAAUCCAAACAGUACGACCCAUAACCUUCCAUAUCAUAAAACAUCAACCACCAGCACAUUCACUCAACCAGUCACUUCUACUAUUCCACGAGCCAUACCAUCAUCUUCAUCCAACCUUCCCAUUAAGAGGUUUCCCCCUGAAGAAAUUGCCAAGAAAAGAGAGCUUGGUUUGUGUUACACUUGUGAUGAAAAAUGGACUGCUAGGCAUAGAUGUAAAUCUCAGAUACUUUUGCUGUUUGGAGAAAUUGAGGAGGAGACACCAGAACUUGAAGAAGAAAUAGUGUGGACGCCGAAUAUCCCAGGAGAGUCCAUAGAGGCUUCCUUACAUGCCUUGUCAGGUUCCCUGAAUCCUAGAGCUUUAAUUUUGGAAGCAAAAUUAGCUGCUCACCUAGUCACAGUAUUGGUUGAUUCAGGCAGGUCACACAAUUUUAUUAGUAGAGAGUUGGCUACUACUUUAAGCAUUCCAUCUAUUCAAACCCGUGGUAUGAAGGUGUUUAUGGGGAAUGGUGAUUUUCUAUUGUGUGAAUGGAAGUGUCCUGGUGUUCCAGUGGUUCUACACAAUACUUCAUUUCUAGUUGAUUUGUGGAUUUUGGAUUUACAUGGUUUGAAUAUAGUGUUGGGAAUGACUUGGUUAAGCAGUCUUGGUCGAGUGACCCAUGAUUAUUUGGAGCAAUCAAUGGAAUUUGUCUGGCAGAAUCAAAUGGUGAAGCUACAAGGAGUGGUUGACUAUUCCCAUUCCAGUGUUUUGAAGAGUACUCCCUUGGCUUCUUGUUGUACAUUGAUGUCACUUACAGGUUCUGAUACUGGAAUACAGGUACUUCCAGAAUUACAAGCUCUUCAAUCAACACUUGAUUUGACUGUAUGGCAGGUACUUGUGCAUUAUCUCAGUGUCUUUCAAACUCCUCACACCUUGCCACCAUUUCGAGGUAUGGACCCCUCUAUUCAUCUAGUGGAAGGUGCAAAACCUGUUAAUGUGAGACCCUAUAGGUUUCCACAUCACCAAAAAUCUGAGUUGGAGAAACAAAUUACUGAGCUUUUAUCUACAGGCAUGAUUCAACCAAGUCGAAGCUCUUUCUCAUCACCAGUAUUAUUAGUUCAAAAACAAGAUGGAAGUUGGAGAAUGUGCAUAGAUUACAGGGCUUUGAAUGCAAUUACUAUCCCUGAUCGAUUUCCUAUACCAACUAUAGAUGAACUUUUGGAUGAAUUGCUUGGAGUCACCAUCUUUAGUAAGUUGGACUUGAGAGCAGGCUAUCAUCAGAUACGUAUGCUUCCUCAAGACAUUCAUAAAACUGCAUUUAGAACUCAUGAAGGCCAUUAUGAUUUCCUUGUCAUGCCAUUUGGUUAA